AUGAUCACCCCAACUCGAGGCCUCGUUAUGAGAGCCGUCCGCACCCAAUGCCGUUUCGCGAGCAAUACUCCUCGAUCUCCCCGCCCUAAUAUCAAGACACCAGCAUCGAAACCUCCACCAAAGAUCUCCAAGAUAUAUAAGCCUAAACCUCAACCUCAAUAUUUACCCAAAACUUCUCCGACCUCGACAUCCCCUCCUCAAGCCGAAACUCUUCUCGACCUCUGGCGUGUUACAUGGCUUCCUCUGACUGGCGCAGCUCUUCUGGCCGGCGCUCUCGGCUUUUAUAUAUUUGGUACCGCUGCGGCAUCCUUUAAAGCGACACCCUGCAGCGGCGCAUGCGAACACGCUACCCCGACCGGCCGACCACCAGCCCUCGAUGGCGAUAAUGCCGAACAGUUCGACAAGGAGCUAGCUCUUCCGGAAUGGUGGAUGGGCAUCACGAAACUACGAAAGCGAAUAGCCGAACGAGCGAACGGACAUGUAUUGGAGCUGGCAAUGGGCACAGGUCGCAACUUGGAAUACUUCAACUGGGAGCCAUUAAACGAGCGCGCAGAGGGAAAGGUCAGCAAGACCGGUGCCAAAUCGUCCCAGGGCGUUGUAUCGUUUACUGGUCUCGACAUCUCAGUGGACAUGAUGGACGUUGCCCGAAAGCGCCUCGUCAAAACUGUCCCCCCUAUGGAGACAUCCGCUCCUAUCGUUCGCGCAUCUACCAUGGCCGACCAUACAGGUGGCCAGUUGUCUUACCUUGAUAAUCAACUCCGACUCAUCCACUCCGACGCACACCACCCCAUACCCGGUCCCUCGACCCCUACGACGACGAAAUACGAUACAGUUAUUCAGACAUUUGGGCUAUGUUCCGUCUCUGACCCGGUAGCUGUAGUGAACAAUUUGGCAAAGGUCGUCAAGCCAGGAUCAGGUCGUAUUAUCCUCCUCGAGCACGGCAAGGGCUGGUUUGGCAUCGUCAAUGGCCUCCUCGACAGGAAUGCCGGUAAACAUUUCGAAAAGUACGGCUGUUGGUGGAAUCGAGACAUCGAGGCCCUCGUCGAAGAGGCCGCGAGCAAAACGCCAGGUCUCGAGAUCGUCAAGGUUGAACGACCAAACAUACUCCAAAUGGGCACCUUAGUUUGGGUCGAGUUAAGAGUAAACGACAAAGGCUCAUAG